UUCUUUGCAGUGUUUUUCUGUUAAACGGAGCUUUUAUUGUUCCCUGUGUAAGAGGCCGAGUUGAUUUAGCUUAGCGCUCCCGGAUCCCAAACAACUAACCGACAACAUGGCAGGUGGUAAAGCGGGAAAGGACAGUGGCAAAGCCAAAGCAAAAGCAGUGUCUCGUUCCCAACGGGCUGGACUUCAGUUCCCCGUGGGCCGUAUUCACAGGCACUUGAAGACCCGUACGACCAGUCACGGACGCGUGGGUGCUACUGCGGCUGUGUACAGUGCUGCCAUCCUUGAAUAUCUCACAGCUGAGGUGCUAGAAUUGGCAGGUAAUGCUUCCAAAGAUCUGAAGGUGAAGCGUAUCACUCCACGCCAUCUACAGCUGGCCAUCCGUGGUGACGAAGAGUUGGAUUCUCUUAUCAAGGCUACCAUUGCUGGUGGUGGUGUGAUUCCUCACAUUCACAAGUCCCUGAUUGGCAAGAAGGGCCAGCAGAAAACUGUGUAAUCAUCAUGGUGAGCAGGACUCAAGGACUGGCAUUCAGACUGUGAUCAGAUCAGCUCGAUUCCUUUAUUCAUUCAUGUUAUUUUUCUUUUUUCUUUUUGUUUUAAAUUAAUGUUGUACUAGCUAACCCCGAAUAAUUUGUUAGGUUGUGUUAUCAUUUACAAAAUUAGUGUAAAUCCAGAUCCCCUAUUCAAAGCUAUUUUAGAAAGAACUACAGUAAGUCUAAAUUAUUUUGUCCUGUUGUGAACGUGAAUUUGUUUGAUUGGCUUGAGCUAUGAAAGUGUUUUAUACUGAAAAUGGAACUGAUAAACACCUUUUUUACAAAA